ACUUUAAAAUAUUUUUUUUAGUUUUAAUUAUACAGGUUCCUCAAUCAGGUGAGAUAAUACGGAUCUGACGUCACAAUGAAUGCUGUCCUUUUUUUGACCCUGUGUCUGUUGGGAAUGGCGGUUGCCCAGGAUCAUUUAUGGACUGCCUUAGCGUUGAACAGAAUGCUGAGCCAGAAUAAUCAGCCUUACGGAGGACUCGAUUCCAACAGCAUUGCGCCAAAGGGAGCAACGGACACAUUAAACCCUAGCACACCCGGAAGCAGGGGAUCAGUCCGCAGACGACAAAUGAAUCCCAUGAACUGGUACUGGAUGGACCAGAUGGUGGACAUUCCAGACAGCAUGAUGAUGUGGCCGUUCCUAAUGGGAGGAUUCAACUAAUUGUCGCUGGAGAAGAAAGAAA